UUUCCUGCCCUUUAUGCUCCUUGAAGGGAAGAGUACGUGCUACAAACAAACAGGAAUGUGAGAACUGUUUGUAGUAACAGAAACCUGGAGUGUGUUUAAAUAUAACAGAAUAUCAUACAGUCACUUAAAAUAGUGAUGUGGGAAGUGAUGAAUUAACACAGCAAGGUCUCUAGGACAUAUAAAAUGCAGCAUAGUAUAUUUGUGUAAAACAAGAAAAAGGCGGGUCAUAUACAUAUAUUUGUAUAUGCAUAGAAAAUGUCUGACCCUGUACAUAUAAAACUGUUAACACUUGAUUUCUGGAGAAUGGAACUAGAGAUCUGUGGAAGGGGAGAAUUUUUACUUUCCAUUUGUGAUUCGGCUGACUCUCCCUUCACAAACUCCAGAAUGCGAAAAAAAAAAAAAAGUUAACUGCCUGUUUUUCAAUUAAUUUAUUGUUAUUAAAUCUUGAGUCAAUUCUGAGAUUCCCUGCUCUUUUGGUUUGGGGCUUGUAUAAUGCAAAGGCAUGAGGGAAGUGUAUAGGGCACAGAAGCCAGACAUUCUGGAUGUAAUUUGUCCACACUCACAUCCAGUGAGGUAUCUGUUGUCCUUUUUGGUCCUGGAUUGUCAGGCCGUGCAAGUCUUCUUGGAAAUGUUCCACGUUCUUGUCUGUAAGCUUAUUCACACUAAGGUUUAAGUGAUUUACUUAUUAAUACUAUUCCUAAAACAUUUGAAUGUGAAUAAGAUAUAAGCCUCAGUCCAAAUAAAUAAAUACAUUACUAAUACUAUAAUAUCAAGCAUCCUCUAAGGCAGAAGUUUUUAAUUUGUGGUUUAUGGAGGUCCUAGGAAAUCCAUAGAUGGGCUCCAUGAACUCCCUGAAAUUGAGUGCAGAACAAUACAUACUCAUGUUUUUCUCUGAAAAAGCUCCAUAGCUUUCACCUGAUUGUCAAAACCCGUGAAUUCCAUUAGCUAGGUGCUGUCUUCAGGAACCCUCAGUCUGGUGGAGUGAAAGACCAACAGGCAAUUACAGGUGUUCUAAGAUAGAGGAAGUACAAGCAUUGUGGGAACCUAGAGUGAGCCGUCUAAACCAGAUUGGGGCUUGGUGUCAGCAAGGUUCCUCGUAGGAACUAGUUAUUAAAUUGAGUCCUGUAGAGUGAGAGGAAAGUAGAGUUUGGCCAGGCAAAGGAAGGGCCUGGGGAAAGAGAUGAUGUUGGUAGAAGGAAGCGUGUUCCAGGCAUUUGCCUGUGUAAAGGUCCAUGGUCAAGAGAUACCUUGGUGAUUCAUAAGCUAAGAAGAGUUUGGCAUGGUUGAAGCUUAGAGAGCUUAGAGUUAGAUUGUAGUAGCAGUAGGAGAUGAGGCUGGGAGGUGAUCAGAGGACAGGUUAGGUAUAUGAUGCUAGCGACACAGAGAUGAAUAAGACAAAGGAGCCCUUACCCCCAGAGGGUUUUAUUUUAGCAAGGAGAAAAAGUGAACAAGUAGGUGAUUAAGCAAAAAAGGUAAUAUUUUAUCAGGAUAUAGAAAAUAAACAGAAUGAUGUAGUAAAAGCUCCUUUAGAGAGAUGUACAUACAGUGUUUUCACAUGGAUUGGAGCAUUUUAACAAAGGCGGUAGCAUGAAGAAUGGAGAGAUUGGAUAGCUUGAGAGACAUUCAGGGAGUAGAAUUAACAAGGUUUGGUAGUUUAUUGGGCAAUAAUAAUAAUAAAUUACAAUAGCUGCCAUUUACUGAAUAUUUACUAAGAGCCAGGCACUGGUCUAAGUAGUUAACAUAUUUUCUCUCAUUCAUUUCUGUAAUAGUUCUGUGAGAUAGCCAUUUAUCUCAAAUUUGUAGAUGAAGAAACUGAGGUACAUAAGAGUUUAAGUAACUUGCCAAAAGUCCUCAGGUCAAAGAACCAGGAUUGAAACUCAAGUCUAUCUUACUUCAAAGUCCUUGUGGAGUAAGGGAGAAAUAGAAUCAAACACAAAACUCAAGUUUCUAAAUGGGCAAAGGAGGAGAAAUAGAUUUGGGAUAGAGGUAGGAAUGGGAGAAAGAUGAUGAGUUUGGGAUUUGUUGAGUUUGGGGUAGCUUUGGAUCAUCCAAGUGGAGAUAUCCAGUAGGCAAUUGGAUAAAUGAGCAUGAAGCUCAGAAGAGACAUUUAGGUCAAGGGAUAAAUUUGCGAGUUGCCAGCAUAUAAAUUUUAUUUGGGGCCACAGGAGUAGGUGACAUAAUCCUAGAAAAGUGAAAAAGGAUUAGAAUAGAACUCUAAGGAACACCAGCAUUUAAGAAAUGGCAGAGGAAAGACCCUCCAAGAACUUGUGGCUAGAGGAUUAAGAAGGAAAAGAGGACAGUAGCAUCAUGGAAGCCAAAGGAAGAGAGUUUCAAUGAAGAAGUGACCAACAAUGUCAAAUUCUGCUUCAGGGUUCAUGAAGCAUAUACUGGUUGGACUCUAGUCAUGGAGAAACCAUAUGGGCAUGUGUCUGCCCACCCAGAUGUCCUCUCCUUGGAGAACCAGUGCCUGGCCACACUUCCUGACCUGCAAACCAUGGAGAUACCACAUGGAUAUGUGUCUGCCCACUCAGACAUCCUCUCUGUGGAGAACCAGUGCCUGGCCACACUCCCCAGUCUAAGGAGCACAAUGUCUGCCAGACCCUUGCUCCAGUGUCUUCAGAUACCUUGCUGGACACAAGCUAAUCUGUGGAAUCUGGACACCAGCAACAACCUGCUCUCUGAUCCUCCAGCCUCGAAGGCUCAGUCCCUCUCUGAGGGACUAGACCUUGUGACCUGCCCCAGGACCCUGAAGUGCAUCUCUGCCAUAGAGAGCACUCAGGAAGCAUCUUUGGGUUGUUGGUCCUCUUCAGAAGAAGAGAAAAAGCCAGACAAGAAGGAGGGGGCAGAGGUCCGGAUGCCUUUUUAUAGUCUAAGCUUGGGAGAGGAGGAGGAGAUGGAGACGCUGGCCCUGAAGCUCACCUCUGGGGACUCUGAGUCUUGUCCUGAACCUACAGACCGGGCCCUUCAGGAGAAGAAGAUGGCUCUAAUGAGCUUGCUUUGCUCCAGUUUGGCAUCGAAUGUGAACAUAAAAGAAGCAGAUGACCCCACCCAGACUUCCCUCCUUGAAGUCUGUAGUAAACUUGCUGCCUUGGAACCUGAGUUUAUCCUCAAGGCUUCAUUGUACACCAGGCAGCAGCUGAACAUCCGGGAUGUGGCCAACAAAGUCUUGGCCAUUGCUGCCUUCUUGCCAGCCUGCCGCCCCUACCUGCGACGAUAUUUCUGUGCCAUUGUCCAGCUGCCUUCUGAUUGGAUCCAAGUGGCCGAGUUCUACCAGAAAUUGGCUGAAGGACCAGAGAGCAAGCUGGUGCCCCUGCCUGCCUGCCUGCGUGCUGCUAUGACUGACAAAUUUGCCCAGUUUGAUGAAUACCAGCUGGCUAAGUACAACCCUCGGAAGCAUCGGGCCAAGAGACCACCCCGCCAGCCCCCACGCCCUCCAAAGUCAGAGCGUCUGUUUUCUGAGAAACAGAGAUAUCUCCCAAGAUUCCUUCAGUGUUUUAUAGAUGAACAGAAGAAGUUUGAGGCCACCUACAAUGCAGUGCCAGAGAAAAAGACACAGCCAAGGUUUACUCUGAAGAAGUUGGUACAACGACUGCAUAUUCAGGAUCCUGCCCAGCAUGUUCAAGCCCUGCUGGGCUACAGAUACCCCUCCACCCUACAGCGCUUUUCUCAAAGUCGCCUCCCUGGGCCGUGGGAUUCCAGCAGAGCUGGGAAGCGGAUGAAGCUCUCUCAGCCGGAGACCUGGGACCGGGAGUUGAGUCUGCGGGGGAACAAAGCUUAUGUCUGGGAGAAGCUCAUCGACAGUGGGACGCUUCCCUUCAUGGCCAUGCUUCGGAACCUGUGCAACCUGCUGCGUGUUGGAAUCAGCGCCCGACACCAUGAGCUCGUGCUCCAGCGGCUCCAGCAGGCGAAGUCUGUGAUCCACAGUCGGCAGUUUCCAUUCAGAUUCCUUAAUGCUCACGAUGCCAUCGAUAACCUUGAGGCUCAACUCAGAAAUAGAGAAUUGCCAUUUCCUUCCAACACACAACUGAUGAAGCGGAUAUUGAUUAGAAGCUCGAGAAAUGGCAAGAGGCGUGGCUGUCGGAGGCUGCCUUGCAACCCAAGUCGUCAGGAACUUCGGGCAGCGAUGAUGGUGCCUGUGAUAUAUGAGCAGCUCAAACGGGAGAAGCUGAAAAUACAGAAGGCCAGACAGUGCAAGUAUGAGAGUGAGAUGCUGGAUCGGUACCGACAGGCCCUGGAGACAGCUGUGAACCUCUCUGUGCAGCACAGCCUGCCCCCACUGCCAGGCCGCACCCUCUUGGUCUACCUGACACACGCUGAUGCAGACAGGCUCUGCCCCAAGAACAACCCAGAAGGGCCCCCACUGAACUAUGUGCUGCUAUUGGUGGGAAUGAUGAUCGCUCGGGCAGAACAGUCAGAGCUCUUGCUGUGUGGGAGAGGCACUCUGAAGACUGCUGUGCUUAAGGCAGCGGAAGGCAUCUUGAAGACUGCCAUUGAACUCCAGGCUCAAGUCCAGGAGUUGGAUGAAACAGAUGAAUGUCCUCUGCAUACUUUGGGAGAUUACCUGCUGUCUCUGGCUGCCCAAAGAGUCCCUGUGGACAGAGUCAUCCUCUUUGGUCAAAUGAUGAGUGAGAGAUCGAUAAAUGCAGCCAAACAGCUUUUCUGGCAGCAUGUGAAUUCCAAGUGCCUCUUUGUUGGUGUUAACCUAAGAAGGACAAAUUACAUAUCACGAUCUUUGAACCCCAAUGAUGUGAUACUCUCAGGCUGUAGUGACGGGAUACUAAAAUUCAUUGCAGAGCGUGGGGCCUCCCGUCUUCUAGAACAUGUGGGCCAAAUGGACAAAAUAUUCAAGAUUCCACCGCCCCCAGGAAAGACUGCGCUUCUGUCUCUCCAGCCACUGGAAGAGAAUACUCCAAGACCCUUGGCUCCUAUUUCCCAACCCGGGUGGCGCACCAUCCGGCUGUUCAUUUCAUCCACUUUCCGGGACAUGCACGGAGAGCGAGACCUGCUGAUGAGGUCUGUGCUGCCGGUGUUGCAGGCCCGAGCAGCCCCCCACCAUAUCAGCCUUCACGGCAUUGACUUGCGCUGGGGCAUCACCGAGGAGGAGACCCUCAGGAACAGACAACUGGAGGUGUGCCUCAGGGAGGUGGAGAACUCGCAGCUGUUCGUGGGGAUUCUGGGCUCCCGCUAUGGCUACAUUCCCACCAACUACACCGUCCCUGACCUUCCACACUUCCGCUGGGCCCAGCAGUACCCUCCUGGUCGCUCAGUGACAGAGAUGGAGGUGAUGCAGUUCCUGCAUCGGAGCCUCCGCCUCCAGUCCCCUGCCCAGGCUUUCAUCUACACCCGGGAAUCCAGCUUCCUCAGCUCUGUGCCAGAUGCCUGGAAGUCUGAUUUUAUAUCUGAGUCUGAAGAGGCUGCACAUCGGAUCUCAGAACUGAAACACUACCUGAGCAGACAGAAAGAGAUUACCUUUCGCAGAUACCCCUGUGAGUGGGGGGGUGUGGUGGCUGGCCGGCCCUAUGUUGGGGGACUGGAGGAGUUUGGGCAGUUGGUUCUGCAGGAUGUGUGGACUAUGAUCCAGAAGCUUUACAUACAGCCUGGAUCUCAGCUGGAGCAGCCAGGAUCUAUCGCAGAUGAUGAUUCAGUCCAAGCCACCUUUCAGCAGCUGCAGAGCCCACCCAGUCCUGCCCGACCACGCCUUCUUCAGGACACAGUGCAGCUGCUGAUGCUGCGCCAGGGGAGGCUGAGCCUGGUGAUCGGACAAUCAGGACAGGGCAAGACUGCCUUCCUGGCAUCCCUCGUGUCAACUCUGCAGGCUCCUGAAGGGACUAAAGUAGCCCCCUUAGUGUUCUUCCACUUUUCAGGGGCCCGCCCUGACCAGAGUCUUGCCCUCACCCUGCUCAGACGCCUCUGUACCUAUCUGCAUGACCACUUGCAAGACCCCAGUGCCCUCCCCAAAACCUAUCGAGGCUUGGUGUGGGAGCUGCAGCAGAAGCUACUGCCCAAGUCUGCUCAGUCCCUGCAUCCUGGCCAGACCCUGGUGCUGAUCAUCGAUGGGGCCGACAGGUUGGUGGACCAGAAUGGGCAGCUGAUCUCAGACUGGAUUCCAAAGACCCUCCCCCGGUCGGUACACCUGGUGCUGAGUGUGUCUAGUGACACAGGCCUGGGGGAGACCCUUGAGCAGAGCCAAGAUGCCCAUGUGGCGGCGCUGGGGCCUCUGGAGCCAUGUGCCCGGGCCCGGAUGGUGAGAGAGGAGCUGGCUCUGUAUGGGAAGCGGCUGGAGGAGUCACCUUUUAACAACCAGAUGCAGCUGCUGCUGGUGAAGCGGGGGUCAGCCCUGCCGCUCUACCUGCGCUUGGUCACCGAUCACCUGAGGCUCUUCACAGUAUAUGAGCAGGUGUCCGAGAGACUCCGGACCCUGCCUGCCACCGUCCCCCUGCUGCUGCAGCACAUCCUGAGCACCCUAGAGCAAGAGCAUGGCCCCGAUGUCCUUCCCCAAGCCUUGGCCAUCCUUGAGGUCACACGUAGUGGUCUAACUGUGGAUCAGUUACAUGGAGUGCUGAGUGCAUGGCGAAGACUACCCGGGGGAACUAAGACCUGGGAAGAAGCAGUGGCUGCUGGUAGCAGUGGGGACCCCUACCCCAUGGGCCCGUUUGCCUACCUUGUCCAGAGCCUGCGCAGUUUGCUAGGGGAGGGCCCUCUGGAGCGCCCUGGUGCUCGACUCUGUCUCCCAGAAGGACCCCUGAGAACAGCAGCCAAACGUCGAUAUGGGAAGAGGUUGGGACUGGAGAGCACGGCGCACAUCCUCAUCGCAGCUCACCUCUGGAAGAUGUGUGACCCUGAUGCCUCAGGUACCUUCCAGAGUUGCCCUCCUGAGGCUCUGGAAGACCUUCCUUACCACCUGCUCCAGAGCGGAAACCGUGGCCUACUUGCCAAGUUCCUCUCCAGUCUCCAAGUGGUGGCUGCACACCUAGAACAGGGCCUGCUCUCUAGACUCCUGGAGGCCCAUGGACUUUAUGCUUCUUCAGUCCCUGAAGAGGAACCAGAGCUCCCUGAGGCAGAUGUUGCAGUAUUUCGCACCUUCCUGAGGCAGCAGGCUCCACUGCUCAGCCAGUACCCUCUACUCCUGCCCCAGCAGGCAGCCAACCAGCCUCUGGACUCACCUCUUUGCCACCAGGCCCCCCAGCUCUCCCGGAGAUGGCACCUGCAGUGUGCACUGCGGUGGCUUAAUAAACCCCAGACCAUGGGAACCCAGCAAAGCUUCGGUCUGUCUCUGGCAGUUUCCUCAUCCCCCACAGCUGUGGCCUUCUCUCCCAAUGGGCAAAGAGCAGCUGUGGGCACUGCCAGUGGGACAGUUCACCUUUUGGACCUGCACACGUGGCAGGAGGUGAAGUCUGUGGUGAGUGGCUGUGAUGGGAUCUCCUCUUGCUUGUUCCUCUCGGACAGCGCCCUGUUUCUUACUGCCUUUGAUGGGCUCCUGGAGCUCUGGGACCUGCAGCAUGGUUGUCGGGUGCUCCAGACAAAGGCUCACCAGCACCAAAUCACCAGCUGCUGCCUGAGCCCAGACCGCCGGUUACUGGCCACCGUGUGCCUGGGAGGAUGCCUAAAGUUGUGGGACACAGUCUGUGGGCAGCUGGCCUCCCAGCACACCUGUCCCAAGCCCCUGAACUGUGUUGCCUUCCACCCAGAGGGGCAGGUGGUAGCCACAGGCAGCUGGGCUGGCAGCUUUAGCUUCUUCCAGGUAGAUGGGCUCAAAGUCAGCAAGGAACUGGGGGCCCCAGGUGCCUCUGUCCGUACCUUGGCCUUCAAUCUGCCCGGGCGGGUUGUGGCUGUAGGCCGGCUGGACAGGAUGGUGGAGCUCUGGGCCUGGCAAGAGGGGGCACGGCUGGCUGCCUUCCCUGCCCACCAUGGCUUUGUUGCUGCUGCCCUUUUCCUACAUGCUGGGGGCCAGUUACUGACGGCUGGAGAGGAUGGCAAGGUUCAGGUGUGGUCAGGGUCUCUUGGUCGGCCCCGUGGUUGCCUGGGUUCCUGUUCUCUCUCUCCUGCCCUCUCUGUGGCUCUCAGCCCAGAUGGUGAUCAGGUGGCCGUUGGGUACCGAGUGGAUGGCAUUAGGAUCUAUAGAGUCUCUUCAGGUUCCCAGAGGGCUCUGUGCCAGGCACUAGACGUGGCAGUGUCUGCACUAGCCUGGCUAAGCCCGAAGGUGUUGGUCAGUGGUGGGGAAGAUGGGUCCCUUCAGGGCUGGAUACUCAAGGAAAGCUCCCUCCAGUCCCUCUGGCUCCUGCAUAGAUCCCAGAAGCCUGUGCUGGGACUGGCCAUCUCCCAGGAACUCUUGGCUGCUGCCUCAGAGGAUUUCACAGUGCGGCUGUGGCCGAGGCAGUUGCUGACCCUGCCACGAAAGGCAGAAGAGCUUCCCUGUGGUACUGAGCUCCGAGGACAUGAGGGCCCUGUGAGCUGCUGUAGCUUCAGCACUGAUGGAGGCAGCCUGGCCACUGGGGGCAGGGAUCGGAGUCUUCUGUGCUGGGACGUGAGGACACCCAAAGCCCCUAUUCUGAUUCGCUCCUUCUUGGCCUGUCACCGUGACUGGGUUACUGGCUGUGCCUGGACCAAAGACAGCCUACUGGUCUCCUGCUCCAGUGAUGGCUCUGUGGGGCUGUGGGACCCAGAGUUGGGGCUGCAGCUGGGUCAGUUCCGGGGUCAUCAGAGUGCUGUGAGCGCCGUGGUGGCUGUGGAGGAGCAUGUGGUGUCAGUGGGCCGGGAUGGGAACUUGAAAGUGUGGGACCAUCAGGGCGUGGAGCUGACAAGCAUCCCUGCUCACGCAGGACCCAUUAGCCACUGUGCAGCUGCCCAGGAGCCACGUGUAGCUGGCCAGCCUGGAUCAGAGCUUCUGGUGGUAACCAUUGGACUGGAUGGGGCCACGCGGUUGUGGCAUCCACUCUUGGUAUUUCAAACACACACCUUCCUGGGACACAGUGGCCCAGUCAGUGCAGCUGCUGUCUCAGAGACCUCAGGCCUCCUGCUGACCACCUCAGAGGAUGGUUCUGUACGCCUCUGGCAGGUACCUAAUGAAGCAGGUGAGUGCAGUGUGGAGAAAGGCAAGGUGUUAAACCGGGUGUUACUGGGACCAAGAAGGUCAAGAGCAGCCUGGUAUCUCCUCUUGUAUCCAGAAGUGACCCAGCUCCUAAAGAAGCAGUUUUUUCCUCUCCCAGAUGACACAUAUAUACCGAGGGGUCUGGCAGCCAUCACUGCUGUAGCCUGGGCCCCAGAUGGUUCCAUGGCAGUGUCUGGAAAUCAAUCUGGAGAACUAAUCUUGUGGCAGGAAGCCAAGGCUGUGGCCACAGCACAGGCUCCAGGCCGCAUCAGUGCCCUGAUCUGGUACUCAGCACACACUUUCUUCGUUCUCAGUGCGGAUGAAAAAGUCAGUGAGUGGCAAGUGGAAUGGCAGAAAGACUCAACACCCAGAAAUUUCAGCUGUAGCCUUCACUUGAACCGAGUUCUGCAAGAGGACCUUGGGGUCCUGACAGGGCUAGGCCUGGCCCCUGAUGGUCAGUCCCUCAUCCUGGCCAAAGCGGAUUUGAAAUUACUGCACAUGAAGCCAGGGGAUCCUCCCUCUGUAUUCUGGAGCAACCAUGCAGAAAAUGGACUCACGAUGUUGUCCAUCCACAAGGAAUAUGGUGUGUUUGUUUGGCAGCCAAUGGCCCCUGAAGUUCUUUCUUUCUUGAGGCAAAAGGAAUCAGGAGAGUUUGAAGAGAGCCUGGACUUCAACCUGAACUUAGAGAAUCCUAGUGGGGCCUUAAUAUGGAUAACUCAGGCCAAACCUGCAUCUGAGUCCUCAUUUUUGUGUGCCAGCUCUGAUGGGAUGCUAUGGAACAUGGCCGAAUGUACCCCCGAAGGAGAAUGGACCACGGGUAACAUCUGGCAGAAAAAAGUAAAUAAGCCUGAAACCCCAAAUCCAGACACAGACCCAACAACAUGUUGGGAAUUAGACACCAGCAUGGACAGCUGGCCAGCAACCCCAGAUCUAAAGACGCGGCAGCGCAGAAAGAUCCACUCUGGCUCUGUCACAGCCCUUCAUGUGCUGCCUGAGUUGCUGGUGACAGCUUCAAAGGACAGAGAUGUUAAACUGUGGGAGAGACCCAGCAUGCAACUGCUGGGCCUGUUCCGCUGUGAAGGGGCAGUGAGCUGCCUGGAACCUUGGCUGGGUCCUAAUUCUACCCUGCAGCUCAUGGUGGGAGAUGCACAGGGCAAUGUAUAUUUUCUGUCCUGGGAGUGAAGCUGAUCUUUCUACCACCUGUGCUAGAGAUGCAAAGCCUGAAGACACCAGAAGCUGCUUUCUUAAAAUGAUUAUAAAAAUGUCAAGAAAUCUCAGGGCAGUCCUGCCUGUGUUUUCGUGUGGAUUUGGACCAAGAGGGAAGAAUAUGGAUGUCCUAAUAAGUUUCUUUUCUGAUUUAACAUUCAUCUUUACUAGCACUGCAAGAAAGUAUACCAGAUCUUUAGUAGUCACAUUUUCAAACUAGGCUUUAGAAUUCUUGUGUCACUUGCUGGUCCCAGAACCCUAGGAUACCAUUCCUGCCAGGAGUAGGAAUGAGGAUGAUGUAGGGAGGCGCUUGUUUGAAUGAAGAGUUAGUUUCUAAAGAAAUUACUAUAACAAAUUACCACAGACUUAGUAGCUUACAAUAACAAAAUUUAUUCUCUCACAGUUCUAGAGGCUUGAAGUCCGAAAUCCAGGUGUUGGUAGGGCCAUGCUUACGCUAAAGGCUCUAGAGAAGAAUCCUUCCUUGCCUCUUUCCAGCUUCUGGUAGUUGCUGGCAAUCUUUGGCAUUCCUUGGCCUGUAGCUGCAUCAUUCCAGUCUCUACCUCUGUUAUCAUAUGGUGUUUUUCCUGUGUGCCUGUGUUCAAACUUCUCUCUUAUCGGGACACCGCCAUUGGAUCAGGGUCCAUCCUAAUCCAGUAUGACCUCAUUCUUAACAUGACUAUAUCUACAAAGAUCCUCUUUCCAAAAAAAGGUCACAUUCACAGUUCCAGAUGGAUAUGAAUUUAGGGGGACAGUAUUCAACCCAGCACAGGAGCUGAAGACCUCUCACUUGGCCAAGCAAGACUGAAGGAAGGAAGAGUAAGUCAACAGUGCCCCCAGUUAGGGCAUUUAGCAAGAACUGGGAUAGGACUGGGAUAACAACACUAAGUUCUCCUAGCAGAAACAGCCUCAUCUUCUCAGAGUUAACUUUCAGAUGUGAGGUAAGAAGCCAGGGCACUGAAACUAGAGUCUUCUGCGCCUCACAGCUCUGACAGGGCCAUUCAUGGUCAUUAGUCAAUAUAAUAAUUGGCAUUCUUGCCAGAGAUCACAAAAGUACUUUCAACUUGUAGUUCACAAAGAUUAAACUUGAGCUGAAAGCUGGAAUAAUCAUACCCAUGAACUUACUAUAGACUUUGAGCCUCUUAUGAAAAAGUUCUAGAACUUUCUUAUUUUCCUACAAUUUUAUUCUUUGGGAGGGGAAGUUCCUUGAGGCCCUUUCUAAGGGUUGGGGAAAAAGGAAAUGUCUUCUGUGUCUAAGAAUUCAAGGACUUGGGUAAGAUAAGCCAUAGCUGUAACAGGGAUUUUAUCCUGGAUUGCCAGGGUUUUCUUAGGGAAAUGCCACUAUGCUCUGAGCAUGAAGUAAGUUUUGAGGAUUUGGGGAUUUCAGGGGUGCUGAAUUUUGCUCUCACUUCAUCUGACAUCAUCUAUGCAAACAUGUACAUCUGUAAUUUCUAGGUCAAAGGGUAUGUACAUUUAAAAUUUUAAUAGAAAUUGGUAAUUUCAUCUCUAAAAGUCACCGGCUAUUGUGUUCAUUUAAAAUUCUUUCAUUAUUAAUUAAAGAAGUAUGUUAUCUGUG